GUAAAGCCGGUGGAUUGCCAUCAGAAUAUCCGUUCAUCUAAUCUCCGGCUACUUUGAUUACUCCAUUUAGAGCGGUGUAAAUCCGCACAUAUAGUUUUAGUAUAAAUACUGUAUAAGGACCCAGCUUCUCCUCUGUGCCUUUCACUAUCCCUUACUACUCCUCGUUAUCUCUUUCUCCAUUGACUACACCUGUACUUCCAAUCAUGACUAUCGACAGCAAUUCCGAUUACGUCUUCCAGGGAUGGAUGGGCCUUGACAAGGACUCCGUUGGUAACAUGAAAUGGCAGACCUAUGAACCGAAACCAUGGGAAGAAACCGACGUCGAUAUUAAAAUCACUCACUCCGGUAUUUGUGGCUCUGAUAUACACACGCUUCGUAGUGGAUGGGUUCGUAUCUUUCCCUUGUUCCUUGGCAAUCUUAACGUUAUUCUAUUGGCAUAUACCUACUAACACACUGUUGCCAGGGCCCAACCAUGUACCCAUGCGUGGUCGGCCACGAGAUUGUCGGUAUCGCCGUGCGGGUGGGAUCCGAAGUGAAACAUGUCAAAGUCGGCGAUCGUGUUGGAGUUGGCGCACAGUCUGACUCCUGUCGCAACCGAACGGGUAAAUGCAACGACUGCUCUUCCGGGCGAGAAAACGUCUGCUGGAGAGAAGGCCGCACUGACACAUACAACGGCGUCUACUUGAACGGCGGCAAGUCUUACGGUGGUCACGCCGACUACAAUCGUGCUCCGGGUCAUUUCGUAAUCAAAAUCCCGGACCAGCUGAACCCUGCCCACGCGGCUCCGAUGCUGUGUGGUGGAGUCACGACUUACACUCCAUUGAAGGCGAACGGGUGCGGACCAGGAAAGCGCGUUGGGGUGAUCGGCGUGGGUGGACUGGGUCAUUUUGCGAUUUUGUGGGCGAAGGCUCUUGGCGCCGAUCGGGUGGUUGGCGUUUCACGCAGGGAGUCCAAGCGUGCAGAUGUGUUAAAACUAGGUGCCGAUGACUAUAUCGCUACCGAGGAUGAGAAGGACUGGGCUCAGACUCAUGCCGCCAGUUUGGACCUUAUUAUUUGCACGGUUUCAUCGCCGGAUAUGCCGCUACGGGACUAUAUGGGCUUGCUGGACUCCUAUGGUCGGUUGGUCCAGGUGGGUGCGCCUGAGGAUAAACUUCCUGUUCUUCACGCCUUCGACUUCAUUCCGAAAGGGAAGUCGCUUUCAGGCAGUGUUAUCGGGUCACCGAAUCAGAUCGAGGAGAUGCUGCAGCUGGCGGUUGAGAAAAAUGUUCAGCCAUGGGUGGUGGAACGGCCGUUAAGUGACGCGAACCAGGCAUUUAUCGAUAUGGAAAACGGUCUAGCCAGAUAUCGGUAUACACUUGUAAAUGAGAAGCAUAUUUAGA